UGAAAACGUUUUGAAACUUCAGGCUAAAUACACGCAUCGUUGGUUAAAUAAAGCGAUGAAUUUAUUUGCCUUUUUUUUCUCCCUUUUUCAUGUGUUGAUGUGGGAGAAAAUAAAUAACCGAAUUGUUGUACUUAUUAAAAUCUGCAUGCUCUGCGGGCCUGCGGGCCUGUGUGGUAUAUCAGAUAAAGUAAACAGCGCGCCGAUUUUUGGUCUUGGCCUUUUUUUCUUUCUUGUCAGUUUAAUGGUGGUCUAAUUCAAAAUCACCAUUUGAGAGUUCAAGGGUGGACUUUUUACUUAUUAAGUUAAAAAAAUGUGGAUUUUCUCAUCCCCAGCUGGUCAACUCCCGACAAUUAUAUUUCAUUAUGGCAAGAAAACGGAUGCUCAGCGGUCAACCUUUCCAACAUACAAGAACUGGGUCCCAGUCGAGUCACAGAAUGGCGGCUCUGAAACAUGGGUCAAGAAAGUUUUAUGAUAUUCCAAGCGGAGAAUUAUCAAAUGUAAGGAGCAGAUAUAGUCUUCGGAAAGACAAAAAUAUCGAGGAACUUCUCAACUACAUUAAUCAAAGCUGUAUUGGAAAAGAUGUAAUGUUUUCUGGGCCGUAUGGCGCGCGGAAAGUGACUUAUUGCGACUAUACAGCAUCAGGAAGAUCAUUGACAUUUGUUGAGGAUUACAUACGAGAGCAGGUCUUGCCUCACUAUGGCAACACACACACAACUACAACAGUGACCUCCCUGCAGACCACCUUGUAUCGCCAUGAGGCAAGGGAUAUUAUCAGAAAUGCAGUGAAUGCCAGUGAGAGUGACUCUGUGGUAUUUGUUGGAAAUGGUGUGACAGGAGCAGUUCACAAGUUAAUUCAUGCACUGGACUUCAAACAUCCUCCAAUUGUGUUUGUUGGACCAUUUGAGCAUCAUUCAAAUCUUCUCCCUUGGAAAGAAUUAGGCGCUGAGGUUAUAUGGAUCAAGCAAAACCCAAGUGGAUCAGUUGACUUGCCAGACUUGGAUUCUAAACUAAAGUUUCACUCUUCAAAAGGCAGACAGUUGAUUGGCUGUUUUUCAGCAGCAUCAAAUGUGACAGGUAUUUUAACAGACACCAAUGCUGUCACUGCCUGUCUGCACAGAAACGGGGCUUUGGCUUUCUGGGAUUAUGCCACUGCAGGACCUUAUGUGGACAUAAACAUGAAUCCUUUGGUUACCAGUGACGAUCAGGGACUUGUCUACAAAGAUGCGAUAUUUAUUUCAACUCACAAGUUUGUUGGAGGAGUGGAAACACCAGGGAUCCUUGUAGCCAAGAAGAGUCUGUUUGUGAACCCUGUUCCCUCGGGCUGUGGUGGUGGCUCUGUAUUUUUUGUGACGGAAAAUUCUCACAGAUACCUGAAAGAAAUCGAGAUGAGAGAGGAAGCUGGUACGCCCGCCAUUGUCGGGGCUAUCAGAGCGGGACUUGUGUUUCAGCUAAAACAGGAAAUUGGAGCAGCUGCCAUUAUGACUAGAGAGGAAGAGCUAUGCAGGAAAGCAUUGGCGGCAUGGAGCAGUAGCAGUAACCUUGUUCUUCUAGGCAGCACUUCGGUCCCUCGUCUCCCUAUAUUUUCCUUCCUCAUCAGGCACCCAAUCGCUGGGGUGUUCUUACAUCACAACUACGUGUGUGCCUUGCUUAAUGACUUGUUUGGAAUACAGGCUCGUGGAGGGUGUGCUUGUGCGGGCCCCUAUGCGCAGAGUCUUUUGGGAAUAAAUGAACGACUGGCAAAGGAGAUUGAAGAUCUCCUACUGGAAGACAGUCGCUUAGACAGGGUUCAUCUUCGACGAUACCAGGAAUAUUCUGAACGAGAAAUUUUAAGACCAGGCUUUGUCCGUCUCAAUUUGCCGUAUUUCAUGUCACACGAUGCUGUGGAGUUUGUUUUAAAAGCAGUGGAGAUGGUGGCAGAACAUGGCUGGAAGCUUCUUCCACAGUACAUGUUCAAUCCUGAGACUGGAGAAUGGAAGCAUAGAAAACAUCAGGUGUUUCGUGACCGGAAGUGGCUCGGUUCAAUCUCGUAUUCAGAUGGUCACAUGACCUACCCAUCAUCCUCUCCGAUCACGGAAGAAACUUCAAGUUCUUACUCGGAGUGUCUUUCUGAAGCUGAGAAAAUAUUCCGUAAAGCAGCUACAAACAAGAUUAUUAACAGUGUUGGUGAUCAGUCAUUAUUGCUGGGUGAAGAAGGCGAAAAGUACCGCUGGUUUUUACUUCCAAGCGAAGCUGCCCAGCUGUUAAGUGGAAAAAAUCCUGCGCACUUUCCAAUAACACCGCCGUUUACUCCACCACAGUGGAAAGCUGACACGAGUAUCUUAGAGGGGACUAAUUUAAAUAGGACUGGUUGCUUGAAACCUUGUGAUGAGAUCUGUUUAAGUACCAAAGAAAAAUGCUCCUUGAAAUCAGCAUACAAGUCUGCUACAUCCAGAGAAAAUGUCAACAAUUUAGUUGUGGAUUCUAAUUGUGUUGUUAAUGGACAAAUCCAUGAUUCAUACACUGGUGAUGUGCAUUUUAAUAACGAGAAAUGCGAUAACUAUAGAAACAGAGAUCUAUCAACAUUUCCUGACCUAGGUAUGGCAAACGUUGUAAAUUUAAUGACAAAUGGGGACGCUAUAUCUCUCGAAGCUGGCAAAUAUUAUCCUGCGAAUUCUGAAGCUGAAAAUACUGAUGCAAGACAGGGAGAAAAUCGUGUCUGCGUGGAAAGGGCUCUGGAAAUUUCAUCUGUAGAGACUGGCUCUUGCGAAUUUACCAAAGAGGAAAACGCCCUCGAAAACUCCGCUGCUAAAUAUAUUGAAUCUUCAUCGAACGAUUUUGACAAGUGCCCCGUUUCGUCAACUUUUGACGGAGCGAGGACUACCGGCCUGAAUGCAAUCACAAAUUCUUCUUCUGAAAACAAGAUGAUUUCUGAAAACAACGAUGCUGUUGCAAAUUCAGAAAAUGUUUGUCGAAGGAAACCAAGAAAGAGCAAGCAAAACGAAGUGACAACUGGUAAACCGCAGUUUCAUCAUCCACCAAAGAACAUUUUUAAACCAACUGUACAAGCUUUAGAAGAAUACGACAUGAUUCAUGAUGGUGAUCGAGUGAUGGUCUGUCUGUCAGGAGGCAAGGAUUCACUAUCUUUGCUGCACACCUUACAUCAGUAUCAAUACUACAGCAAGUCUAAGGGUAUUAAUUUUGAACUUGGAUCGGCUACUGUGGACCCUCAGUCACCUGGAUAUGAUCCUAAACCUCUGGUCCACUAUUUAGCGUCCCUUGGUGUUCCUUACUUCUUUGAAGAGCAGGGUAUCAUUCAACAGGCAGCCCAACUCACUGUUUGCGAGUCAAUAUGUAGUUUUUGUUCACGAAUGAAGCGUGGCCGGUUGUACGCAUGCGCCAGACGAGAGGGUUAUAAUGUGCUAGCGAUGGGACAACACUUAGAUGACUUGGCUGAGAGCUUUUUGAUGUCAGCAUUCCACAACGGUCUCUUGCGCACAAUGAAGGCGAACUAUACAGUCUCGGAAGGCGACUUGAGAGUUAUCCGGCCUUUAGUUUACGUCCGCGAAAAGGAACUACGAAUCUUCGCUGAAAAGGUGAAACUACCCGUGAUUGCAGAAAAUUGCCCCGCUUGUUUUGAAGCCCCCAAGGAGCGGCAUCGAACAAAGCAGUUGUUGGCAGCUCAAGAAAUAUUGUUCCCAGGCCUAUAUCACAGCCUGCUCACGGCCAUGAAGCCGCUGAUGGCUCGCGACAGAGUAGGCAUGGAGUCUAGCAAGAUGAAAGAAGGAAACUAUGAAGACUUUCUUUGACAGAGAAAACGGAAUGAGUGUGAAGAGAACUUAUUACGGUCAACACAUGUUGUUGUUCAUACCAAUGACAUCAAUGUCAUGGGUGGCCUUGUUAAGCUUCGCAAAACAAGGCCACGCAGACAAAAAGCGAUAAGUAUGGAGGAAAUCAUAGCCGAGUCUCUCGCGUUUUCCCGCUUCUCGUCCGCCUCACACAAUCCGCGCGCGCGACUAUAUCUUGUUCUCGUGCUUUUCUUGUAAUCCACGAAUGAAUCGAGGAACUAUACUCGCAGUCUCCGUUUAUUUCAAGAAUGUUCUAAAAAUCACUAUUUACAAUUAUUAAGUAAGAAUUAUGUGAGCUUUAUUAUUUAAUCUUGGCUAAUACAUAAAGCAUUACAUUUCUCGCACCAAAAAUUUAAAAAUAAUCGUUCGCUUCAACAGUUUCUCGUACUUUCUGUUUUGCCGGAUAACGAAACACCGCGAAAGGUACUUCGUAUAAUGAUACUAAAAAUCGCGCCGUAUGGCAGCCGUUGGUCUAUUUCCUAAGCUGGAGGUAUAUAAUGGUCAGUUUUUGGGAAGGAGGGUGCAAGACUCAACCCAUGCAAAAAGCAAUACUAUUGGGUUGUAACGUGACUACUGUCUUAAUACUGAACACAAUCAGUUGACAGACGAGCUGCAAACAUAGCGUGAUUAACCAAUCGAUAAUCAGCAUAAAAAAAAA